GCGCGGCUGAGGGCGCACGGUCGCGCCCAUUGCCUCCCCUCCAGCCCUCCGGUUCCACCGCCUCUGGGGUCACCUGGGACCCGGGCCCUCGCCGGGCCGAACGCCGCCAGCGCUGCAGGCGCAGCCCGGAGGCCGCGCGGAACCUGUUGUUAGGGUAAGCACCCACAGUCCCAGCUCCAACCCCAGAGAUGCAGAUCUGUGGAUCCAACGUAGCAUCUGUAGCAGCUGGGACAUUAUUCCAGGUUUUGGGUGCGGUAAUGGAUCUGAAGAUGGCAGUCAGGGUGCUUUGGGGUGGCCUCAGCCUGCUCCGAGUGCUGUGGUGUCUCCUUCCGCAGACGGGCUAUGUGCACCCAGAUGAGUUCUUCCAGUCACCUGAGGUCAUGGCAGAGGACAUCCUAGGCAUUCAGGCCACCCGGCCCUGGGAGUUUUACCCCAGCAGCUCCUGCCGCACAGUGGUCUUCCCCCUACUGAUCUCUGGCUCUACCUUCUGGCUGCUCAGGCUCUGGGAAGAGCUAGGCCUGUGGCCUGGCCUGGUGAGUGGCUAUGUGCUGCUAGUGGGGCCCCGACUCCUCCUCACUGCCCUCUCCUUUGCCCUGGAUGGGGCGGUAUACCACCUGGCCCCGCUGUGGGGGGCAGAUCGCUGGAACGCCCUGGUCCUGCUGUCUGGUUCCUACGUCACCCUGGUAUUCUACACAAGGACCUUCUCCAACACCAUCGAGGGACUGCUCUUGGCGUGGCUGCUGGUGCUGGUAUCCUCCCAUGUUAUGUGGGGCCCCACACCCAAGGAGCCUGCGCUGGAUUCAUGGUGGCACAGCUGGCUUCUUGGAGCCAUCAUGGCUGCUGGCUUCUUCAACCGGCCCACCUUUCUGGCCUUUGCUGUGGUCCCACUCUACCUCUGGGGCACUCGUGGAGCCACAAACCCUGGCUUGAAGUCCCUGACCCGAGAGGCUCUGCUGCUGCUGCCAGGGGCGGUCCUCACAGCAGCGGUGUUCGUGGCUAUGGACAGCUGGUAUUUCUCCAGCCCCACUACAUCCAGUACCCUUGUCCUUACACCCGUCAACUUCUUACACUACAACCUGAAUCCCCAAAACCUGGCAAGGCAUGGCACACAUGUGCGGCUCACUCACCUGGCAGUCAACGGCUUCCUGCUCUUUGGGAUGUUGCAUGCCCAUGCCCUGCAAGCUGCGUGGCAGCAGCUGCAAGUCUGCCUUCAGACCUGUGCACAAAGGAGCCUUCUGAGGGCGCAGCGUGCCCGGAGUCUGCUGUCCAGCGCCAGGUCGUAUCUCCUUUUCCUCUACUUCACACCCCUGGCCCUGCUGUCUGCCUUUAACCACCAGGAGGCUCGGUUCCUGAUUCCCCUCCUGGUCCCCCUAGUCCUGCUUUGUAGUCCACAGACCCAACCUGUGCCUUGGAAGGGUACCAUGGUCCUCUUCAAUGCCCUCGGUGCCUUCUUCUUUGGCUGCCUACAUCAGGGGGGCCUGGUGCCCGGCCUGGAGUACCUGGAGCAGGUGGUCCACGCCCCUGUGCUCCCAAGCGUGCCUACCCACUACACACUCCUCUUCACCCACACUUACAUGCCUCCACGGCACCUCCUACACCUCCCAGGCCUGGGUGCACCAGUGGAGGUGGUGGACAUGGGUGGGACUGAGGACCGUGUCCUGUGCCAAGCCCUGAAAAGCUUUACCAGACAACCAGCCUGCCAAGUGGCCGGCGGGCCGUGGUUCUGCCGCCUCUUUGUGGUGACCCCUGGCACCACCAGGCAUGCCGUGGAGAAGUGCAGCUUUCUUCUCAAGAAUGAGACUCUUUUAUUUCCCCAUCUGACCCUGGAGGAUCCACCAGCCCUGUCCUCCUUGCUGAGUGGGUCUUGGAGGGACCAGCUCAGUCUUCACAUCAUGGAGCUGGGGGAAGAAACCUGACAACAUGGCAGAGCAACCGCUGCCCAAGGUCCAGCUGUAGAAGAUGCCGCUCCACCUUCUACUUGGGUAGCUGGGCUGGGACGCUGGGACAGAACCCUGGUUCUCCUUCACAACUCCCACUGCUGCCUUUCCUGAACACGGCCCUUGGCUGUUCUGCCUUCUGGGUGAGCUGGCACUCUUCUGCCUGAGACCAAAGAUCUGUCAGUCUUGAUGUCAAGGUCCCCAAAGAACCUGGUGUAAGCGAUGGCACCUGUUUCUGCCCUAUUGCUUCCAGCCACUGUGAUGUCCAAAAUAUAUAAUAGCACCUGGUUGUAAAAAAACAAUGAACUGCUAGUGACCUUCCUGAAUUACCGCUCCCAAACUUUCCAUGAUGCCUUACCUCUUGCUGUCAUAACAACCCUCUGGCUUCCUAAGACUGAUCUGGUUAUCCAAAUACGUGGAAGUCAGUGUGAUGAAGUAUAGAGAACGGAUGGACCAGUUCCAGGGGACCCAAGCGCUAGUCCCUUGAUCUGUUACUCACUGUGAGUGGAAGAGAAAGCUACUUCCACUCACCUGCCCCACUUCCAAAUAUGUUGAUCCACAUCAGAGGAUCUUUGCCAGCUAACAUUGUGUCAUUCCUGGAGACCACAGGCACAUCUUUCACAAAGCUCUUUAAGCACGGAAGUGGGGCUGUGUUGUACUUCAUGGCACCCGGAUGCCUGCUGUCUCAGUGUUUGGUUAUUAUGCAAACAAGUGAUGUUUGAAAUAUAUAAUAGCACCUAGAGAUUUUCUCCCU